CGAGCCGGUUGCCGGCGCCGUUGAGGACCCGGCAGUAGCCUAGGUCGGCGCCGCCCGGCAGGACCAGAAGUGCGCAGGUCGGCGCCCACGGCUCCUGGAGGAGGGCCGUCUCGGUUACCGGGAUCACGGCAUAGUUGGGCGAGAGGAGCCUCCGGAGAGAGUAGAUGCAGUGCCGGACGGACUCGACGGUCGUCCCGGUGCCUGCAAACGGCGUUAGUCUCGUGAGAUUGAAGGAGGGUCAAACAAUGAAAACAAUUGGAGAGGGGAGAGGCUCUACCUGUGUAGACCAGCACAUUCAGCUUUCGUGACGACAUUCUGGUUUCUAGUUUCCGGUGUCUGAUAUGGGGUAGAAUCGGGAAACCACCGGACAAAGCCGAGGAUUUAUUUACGGAUGUCCACUCAGCCAGCUCAUUCCUCACUCACUCCUCUCAACUAAAUUGACCGUCAGCGGUUAGAAACGGAAAACCACAAUGACAAUAAAAGACAGCGACACCAAGCAGAAGGCAGCCGCAGCUGCUCAAGAGGAGGAUGAGCCGGAUGAGUGGGACAAGCGCAUCUUUAGCACCGGCUGCGCAGACGAGAACGCAAAGAUGACCGAUUGCUACUACGAGAAGAAGGACUGGCGGGCCUGCAAGGACGAGAUGGAUCGAUUCCGUGAGUGUUGGAAGCAGCAGGGAAACGAUCAGAGGACUGAGACGAAGGAUGCAGAUGCAUGAGAUGAGAUGCAUCCAGCAAGACGCAACAGAUGACGGGCCUAAUUGGUCAUCGGUCGUCUCGUGUAUUAUUUAUUAGCUAGCAAUACAACUUCUCUAUUCUCAAUCCA